UGCCAUCUCUCUUUCCUCUCGCCGACAGAUCCUUCACAGCCAUUGACAGGACUGUCGCGUCGGACAGGCACAUAUUUUGUGGUGUUUUUUUUUGUGUGUGUUUUCUAAUUGCAUUGUCAUCCAUGUCAUUGGGCUGACUUAGAUCGUCCGAGACAUUCAUUCGUUUGCUAUUUCUAUUUCUAUUUUACGCCUUGAUCGGCCCGUUGAUCUGGGGAAAGGGCACGCGCGCGAGCUGGUCACUUGUAACCAACAAAAAAAAAGAGGUGGUAAAAACGAAAGAACUCAAGAAUCAUAUUACGACAGAAGGACAUCAUCCCGUCCCUAGCAAAUUUCAAGCAGGCUCUGCUACCGACCUUAGCAAGUCCACCACUGGGAACAGCACAUCAAAAAUUGUUCAAUUCAAAUUCCCGAGCAGAUCAACAAAACAUACUACAGCACUUGGGACGGGUUUGACGCCAGUGUCAAAGCCUAAUUUGCACCUCGUUCCAUUCUUCACCUCAUCAUCUUGGCCGAAACAGCACUACUCUGACACUGGUGUCCCGCGGCGCCUCAUACCGUCCAAUCACCAACACGAGCCACCACUGUCCAGCACCUACUGCAAAUCCCGACUCGAACGCCCGAAUCCAGCAGGCACGUUUCCAACCAAAAACAAUAGGGUGGCCCCAGCGCAUCCGUCGCACCUGGGCAGCCACGUGAAUUUGCGUGUCUGGGCCCUGGAAAUCCAUCAUGGCGGCUGCCGCCAUGUCGACAGUCGCCUCGACUGCUCUCACUCCCCCGAGCAGUUCACAUGGCAUUACCAACGGCAGCAACAAGUUGAGCAACGGAUAUCACGAUACUUGGGACGAUUUCUCUGGCGGAGAUGACGAGAAUCCGAUGGCACUCAAGAAGACGCCCACCACGAAUUCCAAUCAUGCAUCCAUCAACAGCCAGACAAGAUCAACGCUGAUCUCUCAAAACGGCAAUUCGAACCCGUACUCGUCGCACGCGCCGAUUUCCCGUAAGAUAAGUAGAGAGGUCGGGCUCUCGGUCGAUUCUACCUACGGAAGCGACAUGCCAGGAGCGACUGCGUACCGGUCAUACGGUGGUGGUAAUGGGGCUGUGAGUCCAUCAGAAAGCAUCGGGGAGGUUUCUGGUGGCCACAGGAACGGCAAACGAGCGAACGCCGACUACGGGUCAUCGAGCGACGGUUCAGCAGGCACCGACGAGGCCUCGAAAUGGAUUCACAGGGACAAGCUAGCUCGGAUAGAAAGCGAGGAGCUGCAAGCCGCAGGAAUCAUCCUUCCCGCCGCCUCGAGAAAUCGUUCCCGCUCACGUAGUCGCCCGCGAGUCCACGCAAAUGGCUCGCGGACCAGGAGUGAAUCCACAAACGGCGCGACCAGAUCAAGGAAGAAUUCGAACCUUGCUGGUGGAAGAGACGCAUAUGGAGAGACCAAGGCUCAGCAAAUUGAGGUUCCCAGUUGGGACUUACGGUUACCCGAGGAGGUCGCUGACGAGAUGGAGUCCAACUAUUGGACGUCGACUCCAGUUUCAAAAGGCGCAUCCAAGAUACCGGUAGCCAAGGUUAGCCCGGCACCAAUACCGGUAGACUACAUUGAGCGGGAGUCACCAGCUGCGAGGAAGAGGGAGAACAGCCCCGCAGAUGAGAUGGAAAGCAUCAAGAUGCCCAGGACACGAGCGAGGAGCAGUAGUGCGAGCACCAAACUCGAACCGGCGGCUUCACCUGCUGUCACUCCGGGCCAGAAGCAGACGAAGCGCGCGGCGACCGACACCUCACCCAAAAAGCCAGCAGCUAGGAAAACCUCGGGGCCUGCGAAGGUGACAGGAGCGAACGGCAGACCAAAAACCCGCGGCGGCUCUCGCAAGGAUUCAUCUAGUAGCAGUACCGCAACGCGACCAACCACAAGGUCAGGCGACCGUGAGCUUACGCCGUCGUCACCUAUGACUAAGCAACCAGAGGGCGACCCGCCAUGGAUGGUUUCGGCGUACAAGCCGGACCCAAGGUUACCGCCAGACCAGCAACUUCUUCCAACGGUGGCCAAGCGAUUACAGCAGGAGAAGUGGGAGCGCGAGGGCAAGUUUGGUAGUGUAUAUGACAAGGAGUUUAGGCCGCUGAGCGACGACGGUCUUUUGUCGCCUCCCGAUAGAAACAGCCAACUUCUUCAACCCCCACCGAACGAUGAGGCAAACGAAAAGCAGACGGACGAGACACAGGCCCCCGACUGGCCCUUAAAAACAGAAGCUAUCAAAAGCCCUUCCAUCCGACACAACUCGCUCCGCCAACAACGAACUGGGUCAUACUCCACGAUACCAAAGGUUCAGGAACAGCCCAUCAGCCCGAUUCCCGGAUCCAGAGGUAACCCAGCCCCAGGGCUCCCCUCACCGCUUCACCAAACGCCUGCUGCUCCCGUCCAGGAAAAAGAGGAGAAGAAAAAGAGGGAUAGCGGAUGCAUGUGCUGCAUUGUUAUGUAGGCUGAAGCCCAGGGCACAAGCGGUAUGGUCGAAUAUGUGCCUGCACCUCACCCCCCAGAUCAGGCCCAUGGGAUUCGAGGCCCACGCAACGACAGCUUGUGGAUCGUGAUGGUACCAAAAGCUUGCGAUAUAAUGUACCAUGCGAGAUGGCAUACAGCCCAUGCUCUUUUGUAUGGCGAACUCACACCAGCCCAAGCACUCCAACUUCCCACCGGCCGGAUGCGGCAGGCAUCAUCAGCCAACUGUGUUCAUUUGGAGCCUUACAUCAGACAUUCAAAACGUCCAGCACCUUGACUUUGUCUGUACGACUUUACGACUUUCCUUGUACAAUCUACUUCGACCCUAUUCGAGAUCUCGAAUCACAUUACCCGUUUCCACACCAGCCCCGACUCUCGCGCCGAUCAUCACAACUACAACUACUUAUCAACAACUGGGUGUUUUGCAUCCCAAAGCACGCACUCGACACAUAAUUCCGACCUCCACAACCCACUGGCUUCUCUUUGUCAUUUUUUCGUUCUCAAAAUUUGCUUCUUGGAAUUUAGCGUACACUUGCUGUCUUUUAGAUUGGAGUCUCGUCUCUGUCUUGUUGGUUCCUCCUGGAGCCAGUAAAUCAUUUCUCAUACCGCCCUGGGUAAAAAGGUGUUGCUUAGUUUAGAGGUAUUUAUUACUGUGAGCCUGAAAGAUUAUGGUCUUAAGAAGGUUUGGUUGGUGUUUUUUUUCUGUUCAUGUUCAGAAGGUGGUGUCACAGGUUGACUUUGUCAUUUUUUAUUCCCCAAACCAGGACUGCAACGGAGUUUCCGGAUGGUCUGGCCGUUUAUCUUCUCGUCACUCUACCACUGCUGCGGUCUCCUUUGUACAGUCACAGCUAGCACAAUGUGCUGUAGUAACUAUUUAAAAAAAUUUACAAAGCUCAACAUUAUAAGAACUAGGUUGACGUGCAAGUCUGUUGUCGACCCAAAGGACUUUCUUGAC